AGUGCAUGGAUGCACAGUGUGUGCGCUGUCUUUCGGAUGAACCAUGCAGGUGCUGGAAAGUCACCAGAGCUGCGCACACUUUUUUUCCGACUAGGCACGCUGCUCAAGCUGCCCCUGCAUGCUGUGUUUGUCUUUGAUGGCCUGCGGCGCCUACCAGACAAAGGUCGAAAGGUCAGAAGCAGCCCCCACUGGCUCACUCAUGACUUCCAGCGCAUGCUGGAGCUGUUUGGUUUUCAUUGGACUGAGGCUCCGAGUGAAGGUGAAGCAGAGCUCGCUGCCAUGAACACCCAUGGUGUCAUCGAUGCCGUGAUGACCGAGGAUAGCGACACCUUGAUCUUUGGUGCUCCCUGCAUCAUCCGAAGCGCAAAAAAAGACAAGGAUUAUCUCAAUGUACAGGUCUAUACAGAAGAUGGCCUUGAACAUGGCUGCUCCUUAACCCGAGGAGACAGACUCCUCAUCGCCCUGCUCGUGGGUGGUGAUUAUGAUGGAGGUGUGCCUGGUUGUGGUAUUGAAAUCGCGCACAAGGUGGCACAGCACAGCAAAAUAGGUCGGAUGAUGCUUGAUGCCUUCCUGUCACUGACACCGGAUGAAUUCUCGAAGCGGGCCAAGGAGCUCAUUGAGGACUUACGUCUUCUGCUCACUUGUGACCCUCACAAUUUCCUUGAGCGCAGGUACAAGGCCGUCGCAGAUCAUAUUCCACAUAAUUUCCCACAACAUGCAUUACUUGGCAAGUAUGUCCAUCCUCUCACAUUAUUUUCAGCCACUGGGAGCGGUACGACGAUGCUGCCAUCAGAUGUGUUAUCCCACCAGCCAGAUCUUGCAAGCCUUGCCGACUUCUGCCGUCAGAAUUUCGGCUGGGAUGAUGACGCCAUCAUUGAGAAGAUGUAUGGGAGUGUAUGGGAGGGUGCAUAUCUGCGCACAUUAUGCAAAGUAAGCAGC